UAAAAUAAUUAAUGAAAAGAUGAGGCUUUAUUCAAAAUAUUUAAAUAUACAAAAUUACUUGUCAUUGAAACAAAUAAAUCGAAAUUCCUUUACAUGGAAAAAACCAAAUGGUUUUCCAACAGAAAUUGUUGUUUAUAAUCCGAUAAAUAAAGAAAAAGUACCUUUGAUAUUAAAAAAUGAUAAAAUAGCUACUUGGUAUAUGUGUGGACCAACAGUUUAUGAUUCUGCACACAUUGGUCAUGCUUGCUCUUAUAUAAGAUUUGAUAUAAUAAGAAGAAUAUUAGAUAAUUUUUUUAACAUAAACGUUAUUUCAGUAAUGGGUAUUACUGAUAUUGAUGAUAAAAUAAUAAGACGAUCCCAAGGAUCAUCACAAUUUUCAGAUUGGAAACAUCUUGCUAAAUUUUAUGAGCAAGAAUUUUAUGAACAAAUGAAAUUAUUGAAUAUUAAACCACCGUAUUUAUAUUGCAGAGUGUCAGAUUAUAUUCCGCAGAUUAUUCAAUUUAUCAGUAAUAUUAUGUCGAAAAAUUUAGCUUACCUUGCUAAAGAUGGAUCAGUCUAUUUUGAUUUACAAAAAUAUAAAGCUCACGGUAAAUUUGGUCGACAAUUUGAACAUGAAUCACAUCCGAUAAAAAAAUCAAAUCUUGACUUUGCUUUAUGGAAAUCAGUCAAACCGGAUGAACCCUUUUGGGAAAGUCCUUGGGGACCCGGUAGGCCAGGUUGGCAUAUUGAGUGUAGUACAAUGGGCAGUAUUACUUUGGGAAGUAGCAUAGACAUUCAUAGUGGUGGUCACGAUUUAAUAUUUCCUCAUCAUGAAAAUGAAGAAACACAAUCUUGUUGCCAUCAUGAGACAGAUCAAUGGGUUAAUUAUUGGUUACAUAGUGGACUUUUACAUUUAGAAGAUGUGAAAAUGUCGAAAAGUUUACAAAACACAAUAAGUAUUAAAGAAUUACUUGAUAAAUACACAGCCAAUCAAUUUAGAUUUUUAUGUUUGAUAACUCAUUAUCGAUCAGAGGUAGAUUUCUCUCAUACUACCAUGCAGAAAGCAAUUGCUUUGUUUAAAAAAUUUGAAUACUUUCUUAAUGAUUGUCAGAAUUAUACGACUGGAAAAAUAACUUCUAAAAAUAUUGAUGAGUCGAUUGUAUAUAACGAAUUACAUUCAGCGAAAGAAAAUGUUCGUAAAGCUUUGGCUAAUGACUUUGCUACUCCAAUGGUUAUAUCUGAAUUAUCAGAUUUAGUUGAUAUUGUAAAUAAAAUGUUACAUCCUGUUCAGGCAGUUGAAAAUAAUAUGGCAAUUAAUAAUUCUACAUGUGUUGCUGCAGUAUCUGUAUACAUAACAGAGACUUUAUCAAAUUUAGGUAUUUCUUCAUCAGUUGAAAAUGACGCUGGUCAUCGUAGACUGGGCGAUGUUGUUGAUACAUUAGUUAAGUUUCGAAGUGUUGUACGAAAUAAAUCUCUCAACCAAAGUGUCAAAGAUAAAGAACUGCUAGAGGCAUGUGAUGAUGUACGAAAAUCUCUAGCUCUUCAUGGUAUCAAGAUAAAGGAUUUGAAACAAACUUCUACUUGGACUACAAUUGAAGAAUAAAUGUAAAACAAUGUAAAUACAAAACAUUUUUUAUUUAAAUAAAAUAAUAAUAUACAUUAUUAAUAAAUUUGUAAUAAUAUUAUUUAUCAAUUUUCAUU